GCGGGUGUCGCGGGAGGGAAGGAGCGAACCGGAGAGCGUCGUCCUGAGAGGAGUGAAGGCGGCAAAAUGGCGGACCGCUUCUCCCGCUUCAACGAGGAUCGAGACUUUCAGGGUAAUCACUUUGAUCAGUAUGAAGAAGGACAUUUGGAAAUUGAACAAGCAUCACUUGACAAGCCUAUAGAAUCGGAUAAUAUUGGACAUCGCUUACUCCAGAAACAUGGGUGGAAGCUGGGCCAGGGAUUGGGAAAAUCUCUUCAGGGGAGAACAGAUCCCAUUCCGAUUGUCGUCAAGUAUGAUGUCAUGGGCAUGGGUCGCAUGGAAAUGGAGCUUGAUUAUGCUGAAGAUGCUACCGAACGGCGCCGUGUCCUAGAAGUAGAAAAAGAAGACACAGAAGAAUUGAGACAGAAGUAUAAGGAUUAUGUUGACAAAGAGAAGGCAAUUGCCAAAGCAUUGGAAGACCUCAGAGCCAACUUUUACUGUGAACUCUGUGAUAAGCAAUAUCAGAAACAUCAGGAAUUUGACAACCAUAUCAACUCCUAUGAUCACGCACACAAGCAGAGAUUGAAAGAUCUUAAGCAGAGAGAGUUUGCUCGAAAUGUCUCUUCAAGAUCCCGCAAAGAUGAGAAGAAACAGGAAAAAGCCCUUCGGCGGCUCCAUGAAUUGGCAGAGCAAAGGAAACAAGCUGAAUGUGCACCUGGAAGUGGCCCCAUGUUCAGGCCAACCACGGUGGCUGUAGACGAAGAAGGUGGAGAUGAUGAUAAAGAUGAAUCAGCUACAAGCAGUGGUACAAGCACUGCUGCCUCUUGUGGUCCGGGGUCUGAGUUCUCCACAGAUAAAGGAGGCCCUUUCACUGCGGUACAGAUCUCUAAUACCCCUGGACUGGCACAGGCCCCUGGCUUAGCCUCCCAAGGCAUCAGCUUCGGCAUUAAGAAUAAUCUAGGGACUCCACUGCAGAAAUUGGGAGUGUCGUUUUCCUUUGCCAAGAAGGCUCCUGUCAAACUCGAAUCAAUAGCAUCCGUUUUCAAGGAUCAUGCAGAGGAAGGGGCCUCUGAAGAUGGAACGAAAGCUGAUGAGAAGGGUUCUGACCAAGGACUGCAGAAGAUGGGAGACUCUGACGGUAACAGUAAUCUUGAUGGUAAAAAAGAAGAUGAAGACCCUCAGGAUGGAGGGUCCCUUUCCUCAACAUUAUCUAAGUUAAAAAGAAUGAAGCGAGAAGAAGGAGCUGGAGCUGUAGAGCCAGAGUAUUACCACUACAUUCCCCCAGCGCACUGCAAAGUAAAACCAAAUUUCCCCUUCCUACUCUUUAUGAGAGCCAGUGAACAAAUGGAAGGUGAUACUAGUAUACACCCAAAGAAUGCCCUAGAGAGCAAAAACAGUUCUCCCAAGCCUAAAGGCUGUAUCAAGGUGGCAGCAAGCCAAGGAGCAGAGAAGACCGUUGAUGAAGUCUCCGAGCAACAGACGGAAACCAGUGUCACAGAGCCCUCAGAGCCUGGAAGCAAAGCUGAGACAAAGAAGGCCUCAGGAGGAGAUGUAAAUGAGCAGAAUGUAGAGAGUCCAAGUCGGAAGGUUUCAGAGAACCAAAUGUGUGAGUCUGACCCUUCUAAAGAAACCUCUCAGAUCACCCCAGCAGGGAAAGAAAGCCAGGAGGGGCCCAAACAUCCUACUGGUCCCUUCUUUCCGGUCUUGAGCAAAGAUGAAAGCACUGCCCUCCAGUGGCCAUCAGAACUCUUAAUUUUUACCAAGGCAGAACCCUCCAUUUCAUACAGUUGUAACCCUUUAUACUUUGACUUCAAACUUUCAAGGAACAAAGAUGCCAGAGCUAAAGGGACGGAAAAACCAAAGGAUAUAGGAGGCUCCUCAAAGGACCAUCUCCAAGGCCUUGAUGCUGGUGAGCCAAAUAAAAGCAAGGAGGGGGGAGAGAAUGUCGAACAUUCCUCAGGAGGCAGAAUGGAUGCACCCGCUUCAGGGUCGAACAAGCCGGAACCUGGGGGCAGCCAUGGGUCAGAGACAGAGGACACAGGGAGGAGCCUUCCCAGCAAGAAAGAACGAUCUGGGAAGUCCCACCGACACAAAAAGAAAAAGAAGCACAAAAAAUCAAGCAAACACAAACGGAAACACAAGGCGGACCCAGAAGAGAAAAGCUCUAAGACAGAAUCUGGGGAGAAGUCUAAGAAGCGCAAGAAACGAAAACGAAAGAAGAAUAAGUCCUCAGCUCCAGCAGAUUCUGAACGGGGACCCAAACCAGAACCCCCUGGGAGUGGUAGCCCUGCCCCGCCCAGGCGGCGGCGGCGAGCUCAAGAGGCUUCCCAGCGGCGGCCCCUGCCGGCCGAAGAAGGGGGCAGUGGCAGGAAGGAUGAGGGAGGGGGCGGGGGCGACCCCCAGGAUCACGGUGGCAGGAAGCACAGAGGGGAGCCUCUGACUUCAUCCUGCCAGCGAAGGGCUAGCGCCAAGCGGAGCAGCCGGGCCAGCCACCGGAGCCGCCCCAGCAGCGGGGAGGAGGACAGUGAUGCUGCUUCGCCGCACCGGCCGCACCCAAAGUCUCCGUCCCAGUACAGCGAGGAGGAGGAAGAGGAAGAAGACUCGGGCAGCGAGCAUUCCCGGAGCCGCUCCCGCUCGGCCCGGCGCCAUUCCUCACACCGGUCCUCCCGGCGCUCUUACUCAAGCAGUUCGGACGCUUCCUCAGACCGGAGCUGCUACAGCCGACAGCGCAGCUACUCUGACGACAGCUACAGUGACUACAGCGACCGGUCUCGAAGGCACUCCAAGCGUUCCCAUGACUCCGACGACUCCGACUACCCCGGCUCCAAGCACCGGUCCAAACGGCACAAAUACUCGUCCUCAGACGACGACUAUAGCCUCAGCUGCAGCGCGUCCCGAAGCCGCUCCCGGAGUCACAGCAGGGGGCGCUCGCGGUCGCGGGGCCGCUGCCGCAGCAGCAGUUGCAGCCGCAGCCGGAGCCAGCGCAGAAGCCGCAGCACCACGGCCCACAGCUGGCAGCGGAGCCGAAGCUACAGCCGAGACCGCAGCCGCAGCACCAGGAGCCCUUCCCAGAGGUCGGGUUCCAGGAAGGGCUCCUGGGGUCACGAAAGCCCCGAGGAGAGGCGUUCCGGCCGUCGAGACUUCAUCCGCUCAAAAAUCUACCGCUCCCAGUCUCCCCACUAUUUCCGAGCAGGCCGGGGGGAAGGUCCUGGCAAGAAGGAGGAUGGCAGAGGAGACGAUGGCAAAGGGACGGGCCCACCCUCCCAGAACAGCAGUGUUGGCGCAGGACGGGGGUCAGAAGGUGACUGCAGCCCCGAAGACAAGAACUCCGUCACUGCCAAGCUGCUACUGGAGAAGAUCCAGUCAAGGAAAGUGGAGAGGAAAGCCAGUGUGAGUGAGGAGGUGCUGGCCACCCCUAAUAAAGCCGGGCUCAAGCUCAAGGACCCCCCGCAAGGUUACUUUGGGCCGAAGCUCCCCCCAUCUCUUGGCAAUAAGCCUGUCCUUCCGCUGAUAGGGAAGCUCCCAGCUACCCGAAAGCCCAACACCAAGAAAUGUGAAGAGUCUGGCUUAGAAAGGGGGGAAGAGCAAGAACAGUCAGAGACAGAAGAAGGGCCUCCCGGGAGUAGUGAUGCCCCAUUUGGACAUCAGUUCCCUUCCGAGGAAACAGCUGGCCCCUUAUCAGACCCACCCCCAGAAGAGCCAAAGUCUGAAGAAGCUACUGCUGAUCACCCUGUGGCUCCACUAGGCACCCCAGUGCACUCUGACUGUUAUCCUGGGGACCCCGCCGUCUCCCAUAACUACCUCCCUGACCCCAGCGACGGGGACACCCUAGAGUCCUUGGAUAGUGGCAGUCAGCCCGGCCCUGUGGAAUCCAGCUUGCUGCCUAUUGCGCCAGACCUUGAGCACUUCCCCAGUUACGCACCUCCCAGUGGGGAUCCUAGUAUUGAGUCGGCUGAUGGGGCUGAGGAUGCUUCCCUGGCCCCCCUGGAGAGCCAGCCCAUCACCUUCACCCCCGAGGAGAUGGAGAAGUACAGCAAGCUCCAGCAGGCCGCACAGCAACACAUCCAGCAGCAGCUUCUGGCCAAGCAAGUAAAGGCCUUUCCAGCCUCGGCUGCCCUGGCCCCAGCCGCUCCAGCCCUGCAGCCCAUCCACAUUCAGCAGCCAGCCACAGCCUCUGCCACCUCGAUCACAACUGUUCAGCAUGCCAUCUUGCAACAUCAUGCGGCAGCAGCUGCCGCUGCCAUUGGAAUUCACCCCCAUCCUCAUCCCCAGCCACUCGCCCAAGUACAUCAUAUUCCCCAGCCCCACCUGACCCCCAUUUCCUUGUCCCACCUCACUCACUCAAUCAUCCCUGGCCACCCGGCCACCUUUCUCGCUAGCCAUCCCAUCCAUAUCAUUCCCGCCUCAGCCAUCCAUCCUGGGCCCUUCACCUUCCAUCCUGUCCCACACGCUGCCCUCUACCCUACCCUGCUUGCUCCACGGCCUGCUGCGGCAGCUGCCACCGCCCUCCACCUCCACCCGCUACUUCACCCCAUUUUCUCAGGUCAGGACCUGCAGCACCCGCCUAGCCAUGGCACAUGAGUUGGGGGAUGGAAGCCCAGGAAGGGCCAGGGAAGGUGACCUGUGUAUCUUCCCUCGGGGGUAUUGAGCCAUUAAUACCAGCAAGUACGAGCUGGGAUGGGCAGUGUCUGACGGCCAAAGAAUCAAGUUUUGGCUAGCAGGGGUGAUUUUAGAUUUGAGGUUUGCUUUGGGUUUUACUAUCAGGGAUUUUUUUUUCCCCCCUUUCCCCCUUUCUGUUUGUCCCUUCCUCUCCUGUGUUUCCAAGCUAGGGAACACCAGUAAGUGCUCCUCACCCCUCUGCAGCAACAUCUCCAAACUGUCGAGUUUGGAUACUCCUCUCCUCCCUCUCUCUACUUCUUAUCCUCUGCUCUUCCCUUCUGUAAAUUGUAAGACAUUUUCUUCCUCUCUGGCCGGCGGUUUGUCCAUCUGGUCCUGCCCCCUCAGUGUCUUUGACCAUCCCUUGGUGACCUUCUUGCUAUCCCGGGUGAGGUGGAAAGGGAGUCUGACCUGGAUCCAGAUGCUACUCAGGCUGUAUUCAGUCCACUUCCCACACAGAGCCACACGCUUGGCCCUGUUGCCCUCAUGUCCCUCAUCCCAGAAGAGGUAUCUGCAUAUCCCAGAAGAGAAGAUCCUAUCAUGAAUAGAAGCUCUGCGGAACAUAAAGUCGCCCGUGUGCUUCCCCAGAGAGGAGCUCAUGUGUCUGAAGGGUGUAUUUUCUUCUGUCAUGUUGAUGUUUCCUUCUUAAUUUAUAGGAUUUUUUUUAAAUGUAAAAAAUUGCACUGAACUCUAUAAACGUAAAUGCUGCUUUUUGUAGCUCAUAUUAAAAAAGGUUCCAUAUUUGUAGUAUACUGCAAUAAUAUUUUUUACAUCCGGCUCUUUAAGUGAUCCUUGUUCUGGUGGCUUUGUGUAAAUAUGUUUGCCCUAGUUGAAUUAAGAAACUUUAAAGGUUAUAAAAUGAAAACAAAAAAUAAAGUAUCUGUUUUCUGCUAGAUGCAAAAAAUGACUAAGCAUGUAUAUUUUAUCAAGCUCAUGUAUUUUUUGAAGUUAUGAACUAUAAAAAUGUUAAAACAAAAAAAAGGAACAUUGUUUAACAUUUUUUGCUGGGACAAAACGUUUAGUUCAUUUGCAGUAAGUGGUGCCCCCAGCACUGGGAUUUUUGAACUAAUGGGCAGCAGUCAGCUGGGGGUGUCAGAGGGAUCCUCAGUUACAACAUUUCCCAUCAUCUGUUAUACAGAGAAGCAGGAGGGCCCACAGAGGAGGAAGGAGAGAUUCGAGAGCUUUAUUCUCUGGAAGCAGUGAGAUUCAGAGUGAUUUUCCGGGGGGUUUCCUGGGUGCCUUGUUCCAGGCAGUCCAUUUGCCUUCCUAGUACUUAGCCCCCUCUGACAAUUUUUUUUUUUUUAAUGUGCCUUUUGGGAUGGCUAGAAACUGAAGUAGAAGUAGACUUGAGGAUGAUAGAGUUGGGACAGUGUCUUCCUUCUCAUGUGGGGAGGUGAGCACAGUUAUAGAUACUGCAGAUUCUUUUGCUUCACAGUUUCCACGCCUUCUGCCCAGCUUAGUUUAAGCAGUGAAGAUUUUUUUUUCCCUCUUCUCCCAUGACACCUACCAGAGGAAGUACCACCUCAGUCCCUCUUCCUCCUCUUGCCUUUCACCUGGGCUCUCAGACCGAAUUAACAUACUGACCCAAUUAUGUUGCAGGUCUCAUCUUCGGUGUAGUUAGCAUUUCCCUACCUAUUCCUGUGGCUAGAAUUGGUUGGGUGGUCACUGGACAGGAAGAAGCAAACCCUAUUUACUUGGGCCAAGGCUCUAUGUUCUGCCUUUCUUCCCAGAUUCCCAAAAGAAAAAGGGGUUUGAGUUUAUGAGAAGCAAGUGCUGGGCUAACAAGGCUCUUGAGUGAGCCUCCUGCCUGUUCAGUGCUCCUCAUCUGAUUCAGAAGCAUCACUUUUGAUAGCUAGCACUGGAAAAGUGAAAUCAUCUGUUUGAAGUGAAGGGACUCAUUUUGCUUUGCUUUCAGCCCAUGUAAAUAUUUAAAUAAUACAGUAUUAACAUUUUUGUGCUGCUUCCCAUUAGCUUGUAGAUUGAGCCAUACUCUGGCUGCCUCUCUACCUUCCUGGGGGCAGUUUUCUUUAACUUUCAGAAUAGUGAUUUUAAAACUUAAAAAAAAAAAAAAAAGGAAAAACAAAAUAACCUAUCCUUACUUACAAGCAUUACAGAUUGUAUUUAACUUUAUCACAUAUGAUAGAGAUAUAUAUGCUGUAAAAUUAGGGAAAGGAACUUUCUAAUAAACCAAUGAUUUGUGGAAA